CAAAUAAAUGUCUAGUCUCGCUAUCUCACACGGGUGCGCGCACGAAGGGCUGUUUUGCUGUACCACCAUGAGGAAGUUCUCAUCAUAGCUGAGGUACACUGUGCAUGCAGAGCACAAAGCCAACAGGUGAAUAUAAAUCAUGGACAAUUUCAAAGGUGUUGGCGCUUCAUCUGCCGAUGCUGAUGUCAAUCAAGAUAAGUCUGGGUAUCAGAAGAUCUCAUCAAGCCCCACAGAUGGACCCAAAGAUCCAAGCAUCAAAGACAACAUGGUACCAGUGGCUGGCGGUACGAGUGACAUUGAUGAAACUAGUUCAAACCUCACAGAUCGACCCCUCGAUCCCACAAGCACGGAAGACGACUUGGCACCAGUGGCUGGUACCAGUAACAUUGACAAAACCAAUUCAAGAGUUCAGGAAGAUAACCAUGAUUUAGACUCUGACAACAACAGUGAACCACUUUUAGAUACGAACGCAAACUCCAAACCGAAACGUCGCAAUCCCUUCAAUAAAAAAUUCAGUGAAGAUGCAUCCAAUUUCAGAGAGAAAAUGGAGCCAGAUGCCUCUUGGAGUCAGAUGGAGGUAUCCGAUGCUAUUGAUGGGCAGCAGAGUGAGCUGAGUACCGGAGCCGACAAGACGCUGAAGAAACCUUUGAAUGAGAUUCUUAAUGAUGCAGGGCAGUUCUCUUUUGUGGCACUCUGCAGCGUCAAGUUAACUCUACUCUUUGAAGACGAGUGGAACAAAGACUGGAAGACGAAGACAGUCAAGAGCCUUGUCAAACACAUGAAGCUUCCUAAGAAAACUGAGGAGACGAUGUUGAUGUUCAUGACCACCCACCAAGAUGAGCAAAGUGCCACCAUCUUUGCCGAUAGCUUAGUCAGUGGCCCUUGCCUUGUCAAACCGCAGUACAUUCCUCAGGAUCUGAUUGGUUAUGCCUUAUCGGGAGGGCAGUACGACGCACGUACUAGAGUCUUGGCCCUCACUGUCGCUCGCUCAGUAGGAGUACAGGAGGAUGAAGUGCAAGACUUUGAAGCUACCAUCGUGAGCUCCUUCAUUCAGGAAGAGGUAUUGCUCUCAGAAGAAGAGCAGAAGGAGAAUCACAAACGAGCCAAGAUGAAGAAAAUGAAACGCUUUGCAAUGAUCGGUGCAGCUGCUGUAGGGGGAGGUGCUCUCAUAGGUUUGACUGGCGGUUUAGCGGCUCCGUUGAUCGCUUCGGCUGGCGUAGCUCUUCUAGGCGGUAGUGUUGGAUUCAUCGGUACGGCUGCUGGUGUGGCAGUGUUGGCGUCGGUCUUUGGAGCAGCAGGCGCUGGACUAACAGGUUACAAGAUGAGGAAGAGAGUUGGGGAGAUUCAGGAAUUUGAAUUUGACUCGCUAUCGGACGAGAAGGACCUCCAUGUCACCAUCGCAAUCUCUGGCUGGCUGACCAAGGACACACUGACCUACCAGGAUGAGGUGUUUGAUAACUUCUCUCUGCCCUGGAUGACCUUGGCGACCUCCAAGGAGGUUUACUGUCUCCGCUGGGAAUCCAAGUUUCUCUUGGAGCUUGGGGAGGCGCUGUCGAUGAUCAUAAACAAGAUGAUGACGAUGGCUGCCAAGGAAGCCCUCAAAAUGACCGUCCUCGCAGGUUUGGUUGUCGCCUUGGCUCUACCGGCCACCGCCUAUUCCUCAUUGGUUGCUAUUGACAACCCGUGGAGCGUUGUGACCAAUCGGGCUGCCCAAGCCGGGAAACAGUUAGCCGAAGUGCUGCUCUCAAGGCAUCAGGGUAAACGACCUGUGACCCUGGUAGGGUUCAGCAUGGGAGCCCGUGUCAUCUUCUUCUGUCUUAAAGAACUAGCAAACAGGAAAGGUUGUGAGGGGAUUGUGCAGGACGCUGUGUUGCUUGGUGCCCCUGUACCUUCCACACUGAAAUACUGGAAGCCGUUUGCUCGAGUGGUGGCUGGCCGAAUCAUCAAUGGCUACUGUAGAGGUGAUUGGUUGCUACAGUUUGUGUAUCGAGCAGCGUCAGUACAAAUGAUUGACAUUGCUGGAUUGGAACCGGUUCAGUGGAAAGACAGACGUAUGGUCAAUGUGGACCUGACGGAAAUCGUCAAUGGACAUUUCGACUAUGCAGAGAAGAUGGAUGAUAUUCUCAAGAUUAUUGGUCUUAGAACGAGGGCUUCGCGAGUCUCAUCAAAGCUGGCAAAGUUGACCCGUGGGGCCAAAGGUCAACUUGAAAGUGACCUUAGCAGUGAUGACAGCGAAGAUGACGAUGACAUCCCUAUUAUAGACGCAGCUGACCUAAUUCUUCCAGCAUCCUCCAAUCCAUCCACCACAAAACAAAGCAUUUCUCAGAGUGCCUCAGAACCGAAUUGCACCGGUCGAAACCAGUCAGAACUGGAUCAGGCAAGUUCUUGCUUGGAUGAUAUGAGCUUGAAUGAUUCACCUGUUUCUGUACACCAAGUAAAGUCACCUUCAAUUGACCAAUCGGGUGCAGAUAUAAAACUCCCCGAUGUGGCGAUUGGUCAAGAGGACAGUGCUGGAAAAGACUAUUCCAUUACCAGUGAAGGGAUGUCAUCAAAUGUAGAAGUUGGAGAGGAACUGGUGGGCUGAUUUGUUUUCUUACUAAAGACAAUGAGGCCUUGAGAUCAAAUCUAAAUUAAAGAUAUACGCAAAGGGCUAUUCCAUUAACAGCGAAGGGGUGUCAUAGGAUACCUUGAGUGGAAUGUUCUUGAAUACUGAUGUCAGAGAAGCCUUGAGAUCAAGCCUAAGUUAAAGAUAAAUGUCAAAAAGUUGCCUUAUCGGUAAAAAUCCAUAAAAUAUCUCACAGCAAAUCAAGAAACUCUUAUAACUAAGUUCUGUAUAUUCUUUUAAUUCCAAAUUUUAUUUUGAGUUUAUAGUUGUACAGGCAUUUUCUUUGAUCGUGACACAAAGUGUUUUGUACAGUUUAACUUUAGACACAAUCAACAAAUUUACAAUUAUUUUUUUUUUGCCAAAGAUAUAUUCUGUCAGUGAAGAAUUGUCUUAUUAAAACUAAAAGCAGUUAUUUCAUCUGCCGUCGAUUUCACAAAAGUCUUCCUAACUUAAGACUAAUCUUAGGACUUAAGACGAGUCCCAACCAUGCACU